AAGUUGAAUUAUGUUAUAUAGUUGUAGAAAAUGGUCGGAGGAAAAAGACAAUGGCUGAAACCAGGUGAUUUGAGAACUAAGAAGCUAACAGAAUAUGAGAAACAAAGAAAUAAGCGAAUCAAGAAGAACUAUGAGGAACAAGAGAUGCCACCGGGGUUACGUUUACAGCCUCAUUCGAGGCCAUUAACUCCCACCCCAGAAGAAGGGAUGGAUCCCCCACGUCAAGAGAUUGGUACCCAACCCUAACCACCUCAUAAUGUGCAACCUGUGCAUGAGGUGACUGCAUCUAGUAGUGUUGCAUCACAUGACAGACGUGGUCGUGGUCCAACACGCGGCAUACAAACCCAACGCAUUGUCCAGAAAAAUGGAAAGAUGUUGGUUCCUGUACCUGAACAUUUCCGUGCGCCAGUGGGAGAUCAAGCCUCUAAGUUGGCCUCCAAGAUUGGCAUAGAGGUUCGAACGCAAUUACCAGACUUGAGCAUUUGUAGGUGGAAUAAGGUUCACGAUGCUGAUAAGAAGCCGAUGAUCCAACGCUUGGAGGAUCAGUUUGAUCUACAAGGCAAUCCGAGUGAUGUAGCAAGGACUUUAAACACACAGUUUGGUCGGCGAUUGAGUAGUUUCACCUAUAGGUUGCACAAACAAUACAAGCAACUUAAGGAUGCAAGAGGAGAGGAGUACGCGAGAAGCCACCCACCUACAAGUGUUACUCUUAAUCAAUGGACAUCUCUAAUUGACAAGAAGUGGAAUAGUAAAGAAUUCAUGGAACAAUCACUAACUAAUGUGAAUAAUAGGAUGCAAAUGAAAACAAAACAUAGAUGUGGAUCAAAAUCAAUCCCGGUUAGGAUGCACAGCUCGAUAAUUGCAAAUGGAGAAGUUCCUGAUUUGGCAAAGUUUUACAAGUCCAUCCACUAUAAUUCGAACACACAUGAAUGGAUUUCGUCGGAGAGCCAAGCUAAUUAUGACAACAUGAUAAAGACGCAAGCCGAACACCUCUCGCAGACUGGUGUGAUCCCUUUAAGCCAAGAGGAGUUGUCAGUUAAGGUACUUAAGCCAAGGUCAGGUUAUGUGAAAGGACUCGGCUUGAGGCCUUCUUCUUCUAUGAAGACUACUGUUGCACAUGCUGAAAAAUAGUGACUAUGUUCAACG